AUGACUGAACUCCCAUCUCUGACCUCUGUGGGGUCCUUGGGGCUCCAAGUAAACAGUGGCCCCCAGAGCUCCCCAGAGGAGGUUCCUACAGCUUGUUCAAGGCCUCGACACAGCCUGGGCAUUCUCCAUGCCUCCUACAGUGUCAGUCACCAGGUUGGACCCUGGUGGGACUUUACAUCUUGCCGGCAGCAGUGGGACAGGCAGAUCCUCAAGGAUGUCUCCUUGUACAUCGAGAGUGGGCAGAUCUUGUGCAUCUUAGGGAGCUCAGGCUCCGGGAAAACCACGCUGCUAGAUGCCAUGUCUGGGAGGCUGCGGCGCACGGGGACCUUCCUUGGGGAGGUGUUCAUGAAUGGCCAGCUGCUGCACAGGGACCAGUUCCAGGACUGCUUCUCCUAUGUCCAGCAGAGUGACACGCUGCUGAGCAACCUGACGGUGAGGGAGACUCUGCGCUAUGCAGCACUGCUGGCUGUCCGUCGCUGCUCCCCAGGUUUCCUCCAGAAGAAGGUGGAUGCAGUCAUGGUAGAGCUGAGUCUGAGCCACGUGGCAGAUCGACUGAUUGGCAAUUACAACCUUGGGGGAAUUUCCAAUGGCGAGAGGCGCCGGGUCUCCAUUGCAGCCCAGCUUCUCCAGGAUCCCAAGGUCAUGCUGUUUGAUGAGCCCACCACAGGUCUGGACUGCAUGACAGCAAAUCAGAUCGUUGUCCUCCUGGCAGAGCUGGCUCGCAGGAACCGCAUUGUGAUUAUCACCAUCCACCAGCCACGCUCUGAGCUCUUUCAGCUCUUUGAUAAAAUCGCCAUUCUGAGCUAUGGAGAGCUGGUUUUCUGUGGGACACCGGUGGAAAUGCUUGAUUUCUUCAAUGGCUGCAAUUACCCUUGUCCCGAACAUUCAAACCCUUUUGACUUUUAUAUGGACCUGACAUCAGUGGAUACUCAAAGCAAAGAACGGGAAAUGGAAACCUACAAGAGAGUCCAGAUGAUUGAAUCUGCCUACAAAGAAUCAGCAAUUUAUCACAAAACCUUGGAGAAUAUUGAAAGAGCAAAACACCUGAAAACAUUGUCAACGGUUCCGUUUAAAACCAAAGAUUCUCCUGGAGCUCUCUCUAAACUAGGUGUUCUCUUAAGGAGAGUGACAAGAAACUUACUGAGAAAUAAGCUGGCAGUGAUUAUGCGUCUUGUUCAGAAUCUGAUCAUGGGUUUGUUCGUCGUUUUCUAUCUUCUGCGGGUCCAGAACGAUGUGCUGAAGGGUGCUGUCCAGGAUCGCGUGGGUCUCCUAUACCAGUUUGUAGGUGCCACCCCAUAUACAGGCAUGCUCAACGCUGUGAAUCUGUUUCCUGUGCUGCGAGCUGUCAGUGACCUGGAGAGCCAAGAUGGCCUGUACCAGAAGUGGCAGAUGCUGCUGGCCUAUGUGCUGCACGUCCUCCCCUUCAGUGUCAUUGCAACCAUGAUGUUCAGCAGUGUGUGCUAUUGGACUCUGGGUUUAUAUCCUGAGGUUGCCAGAUUUGGGUAUUUCUCUGCUGCUCUCUUGGCUCCCCACUUGAUCGGUGAAUUUCUAAGUCUUGUGCUACUUGGUAUGGUCCAAAACCCAAAUGUGGUCAAUAGCAUGGUGGCUCUGCUCUCUGUUGCUGGGAUAUUUGUAGGAUCUGGAUUAAUAAGAAACACAGAAGAAAUGUCCCUUCCUUUUAAAAUCCUCAGUUACUUUACAUUCCAAAAAUACUGCUCUGAGAUUCUUAUAGUCAAUGAGUUUUAUGGACAGAAUUUCAUUUGUGGCAGCUCAAAUGGUUCUGUGACAACUAAUCCAAUGUGUGCCUUCACUCAAGGAACUCAAUUCAUUGAGAGAACCUGUCCAGGUGCAACAUCCAGAUUCACGACAAACUUUCUGAUUUUGUAUGCCUUUAUCCCAGUUCUUGUUAUCCUAGGAAUAGUUGUUUUUAAAGUAAGGGAUCAUCUCAUUAGCAGAUAG